AUGGGAAAUGCAGUGGUGACUCCAUGCUUUCAACAAAACAAAAAUUCAUUAUCAUUGUCAUCAGUGAAACUUAUAUUUUGGGAAGGCACAACAAGAUUCCUAAAGGGUAAGCAUAUUGCUGGCGAAAUCAUGUUCGAGUUCCCAAACAAGAUUGUUUGCCAUGCAAACUCCUUCUUCAUUGGACACCCUAUUCCUACUUUAGCUUUAGAAGAUGAACUUAUGUUAGGUCAGAGUUAUUUUGUUCUUCCCAUUGAUUUUUUCCCUUGCAAAACCCUCUCCGUAUCUUCACUCUUGUCCUUGGGAUCACACCCUAAUAACAAGUCCUCUAUCAAAUUUGGGGAGUUCCCUUUAGAGUACUUGAAGGGUCCCAAUGGAAGGGUGUUGAUAAAGGUCAUGCCUGAGUUCAUCACAAGGCUUAUUAGUGGAGAUAAAAGACCAUGUCCUCCCAAUAGCAACAAUUUCCUAUGCACCACUCCUGAGUUGAAAAAACACUAUCAACAGCUUGUGAAGUCUAAGGACCAGGUGUGGUCACCUAAGCUUGAAACCAUUUCGGAAUACAAGGUUAGGUUUUCACCAUGUAGAUUCAUAGGUUUAGAACGGAAAGAAAAAAAGAAGGUACAGUUAGUGUCUACUAGAUAG